GAACAAACUCCCCUCAGAAGCAGAGAAGAGGAGAGCGGAAGGAACGAGGGGGGGACAGACAGGAGCCUGAGGAGGAAAGAGGAGGGGGAGAGGGGUCAGGCUGGGCUGCCAAGCAGGAGGCCUGUGGCUCGGGGCCGCGACAGGAAGCCGGGGACCAGGACGGCUGUGUCCUGCGGAGCAGCGGCACCCCCGGGGCCCGGCAGAGGCGCCAGUGGCCAGGCAGCCGGCAGGGAUGUGUCUCUGAGGACCCCCGCAGAGCACCCCCCGCCAUGGCCCCCGGCACCCUCUGGAGCUGCUACCUCUACUGCCUGUUGACCACGGCCGCAGGGGCGGUGAGCUACCCUCCCCGCGGUUACAGCCUCUACACGGGGGGCGGCGGGGCCCUCGGCCCUGGGGGACCCCAGGCCCAGAGUGCCCCCCGGCCCGCCAGCCGCCACAGGAACUGGUGUGCCUACGUGGUGACCCGGACCGUGAGCUGUGUCCUUGAGCAUGGAGUGGAGACCUUCAUCAAGCCCGACUACCAGCCCUGUGGCUGGGGCCAGCCCCAGUGUCCCCACAGCAUCACGUACCGCAGCUUCCUCCGUCCUCGCUACCGGGUGGCCUACAAAACGGUGACGGAUAUGGAGUGGCGGUGCUGUCAGGGUUUCACGGGCGACGACUGUGGGGAGGGUCCCACCCCCGCGCUGGGUCCCGCACCCACCACGCCCCGGCCCCCGCCCCAGCCGGCCGGCCGCCCCAACCUCUCCGGCUCCAGUGCAGGCAGCGCCCUCAGUGGGCUCGGGGGAGAAGGUCCUGGGGAAUCAGAGAAGGUGCAGCAGCUGGAGGAGCAGGUGCAGAGCCUGACGAAGGAGCUGCAGGGUCUCCGCGGUGUCCUGCAGGGACUGAGUGGGCGCUUGGCUGAAGAUGUCCAGAGGGCCGUGGAGACUGCCCUUAACGGGAGGCAGCAGCCAGCGGACGCAGCUGCCCGCCCCGGCGUGCAUGAAACCCUCAACGAGAUCCAGCACCAGCUGCAGCUCCUGGACAACCGCGUCUCCACCCAUGAACAGGAGCUGGGCCACCUCAACAACCAUCACGGGGGCGGCGGUGGCAGGGCCCUAGACCCGACCCCAGCGCCUCCCAGCCACAGCGAGGAGCCGCUGCGGGAGCUGGAGCAGCGGCUGCAGGAGUCCUGCUCGGUAUGCCUGGCGGGGCUGGAUGGCUUCCGCAGGCAGCAGCAGGAGGACAGGGAGCGGCUGCGAGCCCUGGAGAAGCUGCUGGCCUCGGUGGAGGAGAGGCAGCGGCAGUUCAGCGGGCUGGCCAUGGCCCGCCGGCCCCUGCAGGAGUGCUGCCCUCCAGAGCUGGGACGGCGACUGGCAGAGCUGGAGCGGAGGCUGGAUGUCGUGGUCGGUUCCGUCACAGUGCUGAGUGGCCGGCGGGGCACUGAGCUGGGAGGAGCAGCCGGGCAGGGCGGCCACCCCCCAGGCUACACCAGCUUAGCCUCCCGCCUCUCUCGCCUGGAGGAUCGAUUCAACUCCACCCUUGGUCCUUCUGAGGAUCCAGAAAAGGCUCGGCCUGGGGGACCUGGGGGACAGGGCCACUGGCUGCCGGCUGCCUGGGGCCGCCUGGAGAUGCUAGAGGGCUCACUGGCCAACGUGAGCGGGGAGCUGGGUGGGCGGCUGGAUCUCCUGGAAGAGCAGGUGGCAGGGGCCGUGCAGGCAUGUAGCCAGCUCUGCUCGGGGGCUCCUGGGGAGCAGGACUCUCAGGGCAGGGAGAUCCUCAAUGCCUUGGAGCGCAGGGUCCUGGACACCGAGGAGCAGCUGCGGCAGGUGGGCUCGGACCUGCACAAGGUGGGAGUGGCUGGGGAAGCCCAGCAGGCCGCACUGGAGGGACUGCAGGGUGCCGUGAGCCAGCUCCAGGGCCGCGUGGACGCACAGGAUGAGAUAGCUGCAGAGUUGGCACUGCGGCUGAACCUCACAGCAGCCCGGCUAGGCCAGCUGGAGGGCCUGCUGCAGGCCCGUGGGGAGGAGGGCUGUGGGGCCUGCGGCGGUGUCCAAGAGGAGCUGGGCCGCCUGCGGGAUGGCGUGGAGCGCUGCUCCUGCCCCCUGUUACCCCCGCGGGGCCCUGGCGCCGGCCCAGGUGGGGGGGGACCAAGCCGUGGGCCCCUGGAUGGCUUCAGCGUGUUUGGCGGAAGCUCAGGCUCAGCCUUACAGGCCCUGCAGGGAGAACUCUCCGAGGUCAUUCUCACCUUCAGCUCCCUCAAUGAUUCCCUGCGGGAGCUCCAGACCACAGUGGAGGGCCAGGGCGCCGAUCUGGCUGACCUGGGGGCCACGAAGGACCGCAUCAUCUCCGAGAUUAACAGACUGCAGCAGGAGGCCACGGAGCAUUCCACAGAGAGUGAGGAGCGCUUCCGGCACCUGGAGGAGGGACAGGCCCUGUCCGGCCAGUGCCCCGGGCUAGAGGGGCGGGUGGGCCGCCUGGAGGGAGUCUGCGAGCGCCUGGACACGGUGGCGGGGGGGCUGCAGGGCCUGCGCGAGGGCCUCUCCAGACACGUGGCCGGGCUCUGGGCCGGGCUACGGGAGUCCAACAGCACCAGCCAGACACAGGCGGCCCUGCUGGAGAAGCUGCUUGGGGGGCAGGCUGGCCUGGGCAAGCGGCUCGGGGCCCUCAACAGCUCCCUGCUGCUCCUGGAGGAUCGGCUGCGCCAGUUCAGCCUGAGGGACCUCACUGGGCCAGCAGGUGAGGCUGGGCCCCCAGGACCUCCUGGGGUACAGGGGCCCCCAGGCCCUGCUGGACCUCCAGGAUCACCAGGCAAGGAUGGACAAGAGGGGCCUGUCGGACCACCAGGUGCCCAAGGGGAGCAAGGAGUGGAAGGGGCACCAGCAGCCUAUGUGCCCAGAGUGGCUUUUUCAGCUGCCUUGAGUUUGCCCCGGUCUGAACCAGGCACAGUCCCCUUUGACAGAGUCCUGCUCAACGACGGGGGCUACUAUGACCCAGAGACAGGAGUGUUCACCGCGCCACUGGCAGGCCGCUACUUGCUGAGCGCAGUGCUGACCGGCCACCGGCACGAGAAAGUGGAGGCCGUGCUCUCGCGCUCCAACCUGGGCGUGGCCCGCAUAGACUCCGGGGGCUACGAGCCCGAGGGCCUGGAGAACAAGCCGGUGGCCGAGAGCCAGCCCAGCCCGGGCGCCCUGGGCGUCUUCAGCCUCAUCCUGCCGCUGCAAGCCGGGGACACGGUCUGCAUCGACCUGGUCAUGGGGCAGCUGGCGCACUCGGAGGAGCCGCUCACCAUCUUCAGCGGAGCCCUGCUCUACGGGGACCUGGAGCUCGAACAGGCAUAGACAGGGGCGGGCCCGACCGUCCCCAAGUGUCUCCGGCGCCGGAGAGGCAGCGGGGGCGGCGGGCUCCUCCGGGUCCCCUCCGGGACCCCAGCCCCCCGGCCAGCCGCCGUUUCCGGACCCGCCGCGAUACAGGCGCCCAGAGCUUCGUCCCUACCUGGGCCACGCCGGGGCCCCUCGUCCGGACUUUUGGCCUGAUCGCCGCCCCCUUCAGGGCCCCUUCAAGGGCUCGGACUGCGCAGGAGCCGAUCCGCGCGUUUAGGCUCCCUCAACCGACCCUCGAGGCCGAGUCCCUGGGCUCCUGUCCCUCCCACCGCCACACUAAGCUAUUCGGGAAUAAAGACACUUGGUUUUUUUUUUCUAAAAAGAAACAAACAAAAAACCAUC